UACUGCAAUUUUUAAUUCUCAGCUCCUCAUUCAACGCAAUGGCGUUUAGCGUCUGUCAAAGCAUUGGUAUAUUUUGAACCAUUAAUUCGACUGCUUAACGGGUUGUGGAUUCCACACUGGUGAAACGUCAUUCGUGCUGUGCGCCGCGUCAGGAAAGCAACCGUGUUCGCUCACCACAAAGGAAGAAAAGGCUGAAUGGCUGAGCCAGAGCUGCUGCUGGACUCCAACAUCCGACUGUGGGUGGUGUUGCCCAUUGUCUUCAUCACCUUUCUCGUCGGCAUAAUCCGUCACUAUGUCUCCAUUCUUCUUCAAAGUGACAAGAAGUUGACUUUGGAGCAGGUGUCAGACAGCCAGGUCCUCAUUCGGAGCAGAAUUCUCAGAGAAAAUGGAAAAUACAUCCCUAAACAAUCCUUCUUAAUGAGAAAGUUCUACUUCAAUAAUCAAGAAGAUGGAUUCUUCAAGAAAACAAAAAGAAAGGUUGUUCCGCCCUCGCCAAUGACUGAUCCUAGCAUGCUGACAGACAUGAUGAAAGGAAACGUUACCAACGUACUUCCCAUGAUUCUGAUCGGAGGCUGGAUCAACUGGACCUUUUCGGGAUUUGUAACCACUAAGGUGCCCUUCCCGCUCACGCUGCGCUUCAAGCCCAUGCUACAACAAGGAAUAGAGCUGCUGUCACUGGAUGCUUCCUGGGUGAGCUCAGCAUCGUGGUAUUUCCUGAAUGUCUUUGGACUGCGAAGCAUGUACUCGUUAAUCCUUGGCCAGGAUAAUGGUGCAGACCAGUCAAGGAUAAUGCAAGAGCAGAUGAGUGGGGCUGCCAUGGCCAUGCCUGCCGACACAAAUAAAGCUUUCAAGGCGGAGUGGGAGGCCCUAGAACUGACUGACCAUCAGUGGGCACUGGAAAGUGUGGAGGAAGAUCUCAUGAGUAUGGAAUUGGACUUUGAUGGCAUGUUUAGCAAGGAGCUGCCCACUGGUAUAUUCUGAGGCCUUGCUCGCUUCUCUUGCUAAGGGGGCUUAAAAUACAGGGAUUUAUUUGUUUCUCAAAAACACAGAGAUCGGACAAAUCCCUCCCUUUUAUGCAAUGUUUACAUUCCUUUUGUUUCAGGUCCAUUUUCUUCAAGUUGUACUAAAUUGUCAUGCCUGACUGAGAAUGUCUGGGAGAAAACAAGUCAUGUUUUUGCAUUAUAGUUAGCUUGUAAGUUACACUACUAACAAAAAGUUUGUCAUAUCCUGCUCGCGGGUGAAAUUUCAGGCUGUUCCCAAUUUGACAUCAUGUGACCAAGACGACACCUCACCAUUGAUGAACAGUACAUCACUAACAGGAUGUUGUCACAAAAAGCGACACAUAUCUCACGGCAUCCUUGGAAAUGUAUUGUUGCAUUCAUGUAUCAAAGAGCAUUUGUUGAAUUUUGCCCUUUAGCCACUUUUUAGAGCACAACAAGCUGUGCAAAAACUACUGAAACAUUGAACAUGUGCAUUAAAAAGUUGAGAGAAGGCCAAAAAUCAAGUUCACCUGUACAAGGUUACAGUGCAUUACAGGCAGCUCCCGAAAUUUCACCCAAGAACCACACAUUACUAUCUUUUUGUGAGUAGUGUAUGUCAUAGCAAAGCCCGAUUAGGUAAAAUAAUGUGAACGACUUUCAUUGUAUUUCAUGUGUAGCUAAGUUACUAUUUUCAUCUACACUAUUGGGUGCAAAAUACAAGUGUCUGAAUGGUGUUUAAUUUCACGAUUGCACCACUCCUUUGUUCAAUUGUAAGGGCCCUAUUUUCACAGCAGGUGCAAGUCUAGUGCAAAGUGCAGUCUAACUUGUGCGCGUGGGUGGAGUUUUGUUUUUUUGGACGUUUUGGUAGACUGGUGCAGCCAGGAAGGGGUGUUGGCGCUGUUGUGGGAAGGAACACACCCAACUCGUUUGUCAUCCAAUGGAAGCGACUCCCCCCCAUUCCUUUUAAAUUUAGCGCAAGAGAGACGUGCAUGGUCUACGCGGCAUUUACAUGCAGAAGAGCAACGUUUGCAAAGUACAUUUAAAAUAAAUUGAAGAAAGCUCGCCGCUUGGGGCUGUUAUAGCAUAGACUGCCUUGGAGUGGGCACUUGGAGUCCGCGUUUUAACCCACAUUAUGUGGCCAUAUGUAGGAUUACGUGUGACACCCCCACCUGUAGUUGCACCGCAUUUGGGGAGGGCGUCAGGGGCUUUUCAAACUAUAUUUAAGAUGAUGAUUUCCGCAAAGAUUCAGAGGGAUUUAUGCACACUGUUGUCAUAUUUAUAAAUUAAAUCAGAUGACAUCAACUACACCCGUUGGUGGAGCUCAGAAUCUGUCUGCACGCGCCUCCGUCAAAUACACAAUUAUAAAUUUGAUAUGAAUUAUAUCAAAUUUUAUAUAAUUUUUUGUAUUUAUAAUUUUUUUGGAUUUAUAAAUUAUAAAUACAAAAUUAUGUUACACCAAUUGUGCCACAACUUUGACCUGCUCCAAGCUUGUCUACCGUCUCUCACCAAAUUGUCAUCUGACUGCAGAAACGCCCUCUGACUGUUGGAACGCCCAGCUAUGCACAACAUGGUCUACCAAAUUCCUAAACACAGUAAACUUGGCUUGCCCCAGCACGAAAAUGAAGACAUGCCAGUCUACAAAAAUAGGGCCCUAAAUCUUAAGAACUUACUACUUUUUGGCACAAGACAAUGUGACAGAGGUUUUUGUUUUUGUAGUGUAAAAGGUUUAUUUUGUUUCAACCCUCCUGUAUUCGUUUUGUACAGUAAAAAACAUUUUGACAAAAUAACUGGUUUCAUUUCUUACAAUUAGUGGUGUAUUGUAAUGAAAUGUUCCUUAACUAAUGUUUUGAAUAAAUUGUAGUGAUCAAAGUA